AUGGUGGACUGUAUAAACGAUAUCAGAGACUUCCUAGCGCAUUUGCCAAGGUUAUCAAAUUAUCAAAUCAACGAUACCGCGUUGUACCAGCUUUGGAAAGUCCUUUUCCAAUGUUUGAAGGUAGAUAGCAAUGGUAAAGGUGAUAUUGAUUGGAAUGAGGUGUUAAGAGUAUAUGAAAGCUCUAAUUGGAAGAACGGGGUAUUCCAAUCUAUCCAUCUUCCGAAGAAUUGGAGAGAGCGGUUUUUGGAAGACUACACAAAGAUGAGUGGAUCACCUAAAGAGCAUCGCGGGACGAGCUGUAAUAAACACUGUCAACCCACCGAAACCGUAUAUUAUUGUUUUGAUUGUACAAAAAAUCCGUUGUACGAAAUUUGCGAGGAGUGUUUUGACGCAGAUAAACAUUUGGGGCAUCGCUGGACUUCAAAAGUAGUCAGUAGACCUGAGGGCAAGAUAUGUCAUUGUGGUGAUCCAUCAGGGCUAACUGAUCCAGAAAACGGUUACGAAUGCAAGAAUAGUGCGAAUAAUGGGCCCAAAUUACCCUUGCGUUAUGAUCAUGAUGAGAGACUAAUUGGAGUACUAUCACAUGUGCUCGACUUUAUAAUAGAUAUGGUGAUAUAUCUGAAGGAGUGUGAUAACUAUAAUGUCCUUUUAUCAGUUCGACACAAAUCAGAAUUGAAGUCAGAGUACUAUGCUUUGCAGUUGUAUGAAAAAGAUUGUAAAAUGCAUGUAAAAGAUUUGGCAGCAAAAAUAAGUAAAGUUUUGCACAAACCAUUAGAAUAUGGGAUUAUGAUGACCAACCGGUUGGUCCAACAGGAUGCAUUUGUUGUGUUAUUAGAGUCGAAAGAUACCCAAAAACUUCAGGUAGUGAAGGAAUCAUUUGCAAGUGAACAUGUUAUUGUUCAUAUGAAAGAUAGGAGCGAAAUAUUUAAGGAGUACUUGGUUGAUGAAUUAAUUAGGUGGAUUUACGAAAUAUGUUGCAGGAAACCAAAUAUACAAAGGAAGCUAGCACUUCGAGUUGCCAUGAUGGAUGUGUGGAAUUCAAGGCUCGUGGGGAUGAAGCUCAAUACAGAUUCAUCGGUAGGUCUGUCUUGGUCAAAAAUAUAUGUAUUAGGAAAUUUCACAGUACAGUUUCCAGAUAGGGCUACAUUCCCAUGGUGUUUACCUUGGGGAUUUCGAGAAAAGCAAGACGAGAAACAUGAUCCUAGAGUUUUAGAUAUAAUGGAUGAUUAUGAUAAACGUGUGGCAGAUACUGACUUAAAUGAUCCUAGCACAAUGUACCAGCACUUUCAGGGUUCAAGGUUUCAAUAUUUAAUUACUGAUGGUGCUGCCAUCAUAUCAAAAGUCUCGAAAUAUCGAAUGAUGAAAAUUAUAUGCGCUAUAUUUACUAUUAUUGAUGAUUCAAAAAAAUGCUUGGCAGCUCAAUAUUUGGAUGCCUACUGUGUGGUACUUUUCAAUACAGUAGCUUCAGAAUCCGCAGAUUUCAAGGUAUCGUUAAUGAAUAUGUUGUCACAGUACAUUUUUCAAAAUCCAGCAAUAGCUAAUAUGAUCAUUCUGUCAGAAUCAGGCUUUAUUAAACGAGCCUUACGAUUUGCAUUUGCAUUGUUGUCUUUCUCUCCAUCCACAUUAAUAAGUUGUCCACCUAUUCCAUUAUCGUUCGACUUUAAGCUUCCAGAGGAUAGUAUUAAAAGCAAACGUUCAGUAGUCUGUUUUAAAGACAUUUAUCUGAUAAUGUCCACAAAUACAGUACCUGAGAAACUACUUUCUCUACAAGACUUGAUGUGCACCAUAUUCGAAUGCUUUGCUUCUUUUAAUUCUAUACUUCCGCUAAGAAGAGAGGCUAAAGAGCAUGUAGAGUUCGAGAACUUUGAUUUUUCAUCUUAUUAUUUCCUAUUUUCCUCAAUAUUAGUCAUGGUUGAUGGAUAUGUAAGGAAUGUUUGUUUGAUAAAAGAUCUGCCCCAACGGUAUGCACAAGUUCGUGAUCUAUUACGGAAGUCCAUGACUUUAGAAAUUAAACUGUUAAACCAAUCUAGAAACUUUAUCCCCUCAUCACCUAUAAACAUUUGGGAUGUUUGUAAAGUAUCACAUUACGACAAUGACCCUGAGAAAAAAUUAUAUCCCAAUAGAGAGACUAUAUGCAAUGUAACGAGCGAUGUGAUUAACUUUAAAGUUGGCUUUGAGGUCCAAAAUUUUUUCAACCCCAUGUCGUAUUUCUUUAAAUUUGUGGUCCAAUGGAGCCAGUGCGGUAGGUACAAGGCAUUACCAGAAAGUAUGCGAGGCUAUUUUGAUCUUGCCAGUUUUUUACGUGAAGAAAAGACGUUACUCUACAUGGCAGAGUCUGCACUUUCUACUUUAGUGCUAAUUGCACAAAUUAAUGUUGGGUUUUGGGUUAGGAACGGCACACCGAUAAUUCAUCAACUGCGAAUGUAUACAAAGUAUAGUAUGCGUGAAUUCACAUAUUUCAGCGAUAUUUUUAACGUGCAGCUUGUGAUGAGUUUAGUGAAUCCUAAUGACUUCAUGGUUACUUUCCUAUCUAGGUGGAAUUUAAAAAACUGGGCGGAAGGAAUCAGUGUGGAUGACUAUCCCGAUCAUGAGACCACUUCUUCCAUGGCUGACCAGUGUUUAUUAUUAUUGAUUCAAUUAUUGUCAGAAGUUAGAUCAUUGACAAUGUCAUCAUCUGUGGAAGGUUUUGAAAAGACUAUGAGGUCAGAGAUUAUCCAUGCGCUAUGUUUUCAUAGCUGUAGUCAUAGUGCUCUAAUGAACGUGAUUCCAGAGCAUGUUACCAAACAUCCUGCAUUUGACUUAUACGUUAACAACCUAGCUGAUUACACACCUCCUUCUGGUUUGACAGAUCAUGGCAUUUAUACCCUAAAAGCUGAAUAUUUCAGUGAAGUUGAUCCAUAUUUUGUUGGAUUUACUGCUACAAAAAGAUACGAGGCCGAAAAGCUAUUAAGAAAUAGGAUGGAAGGAAUACAAAAUAUUCCUUACGAGGAUACUUUCGUUCCUGCAAAAGAAGUUAUCAGCGAACUAAAAACUACUCCAUUUUUGAAUUUGUAUCAAAUUACUAAUACUGAUAUCUUUGGCAUCCUAUUGAAGAGUUGCUUGGAACACAUAAGAAAAUUCAAGUACGAGUCCAUGUUAUCCAAGGUGGCUCACCUUCUUCAUUUAUGCUUAUUGAACAAUUUGAAUGAUUUUGUUAAGAUAUUUUGGAGAGAAUAUUCCUUUGAUGAUGUAGAGCUAUCUUUUUACAACAGUAUAGGUUCCAUUUUAUUCUCGUUUCUUGAGAAAGAUGAAUUUGUGAAUGAUCACGGUAAAAUUAGGGAGAUAUUCCAUAUGUUACAGGACAAAGCGCCGCAUGUUAACAUCGAUGAGUACCUAAAAGAACAAAUACCAUCAUAUGAUUCUACCUUACUAAGUUCCCAGAACAAAGAUCUUAGCAAAUAUGAAGAUGAAUUUCAGAAGAAGAAGUUGGCAAAGAAGAAAGGUGAAAGACUUAUGAGAAAACUUGCGAAGCAGCAGCAAAUGUUUAUGGAGAAAAAUAACGUUACACCUGAAGAAAUUGAUUCCAAAGAAUCGACUGUUGAUUCUAGUGUUGCUUCAAUUGGCUGGGAAUACCCAGAUGACACAUGUGUAUUCUGCAAAAUGCCUCGAAUUGAAAAUGACACAUUUGUUUAUUUUACUCAUUUUGAACAGAAUAUUGUUGAUAAAUUUACAGAUUUUAGUGAUUUGAAUCGACUACAGGCUGCAUACAACGACGAUACAACCAAGACCAACUGUCCAUCUCAAGGAGAAACGAGCGUUGGCCAUGUUGUUAAAUCAUGUGGUCAUGGUUCCCACUUCUCUUGCAUGGAACGUCAUAUGAAAGUUUCUAGAAAUGCUCAUAGUCAUAUGACAAAAAAUGUCCCACAUGGAUUAGGUUUUGCAUUAUUAUUCUGCCCAUUAUGCAAUUCUUUAGUCAACUCAUUUCUACCCCGUCUUUGUGAUGUAAAUCCGCGAAAAGAACAUGAUAACUUUAACGGCGCCCAUAUAAAUCAAUAUGCUUCAUCUUCGGAACUAUUGGACACUUUAUGUCUUAAAUCUCUGAUAAUCUUCUGCUCUCUAACCGCGCAAUCCAAAUUUUCAAGACUACCUGAUAUCUAUACCUUGUUUUGUUCGAUUAUCACAAAUACAAUUUCAAACACCGAGUUAAUUACAAGAUCUGGCGAUCAUCGAAUUCCUGUAACAAAGAGGAUCACAAACCAACAGUUACUAACACUAAGACUUCUAACGGAGUUAAAGAUAUACAUUUUGGAAAGGAGGUUAUUUUCUCAUCAAGCAGAUAAACGCUCGGAAUUGCCGGUUCCCAUGCUUAGUGAACAUAACGAUUGGACUAUCUUUAACAAUGAACAUUUACACAAUAACGUAUUAUUAGACAUUUGUCGAUACUUGAAUCCAUUGGCUAGGAAAAACGUAUUAUUGGUUACUUUAAUGUACACUUCUAUCAAGAGAAAAUUACACCAAAAUUUCAUUGCCUUAGGAAUAACAUUGGUAGAGGAUUCUGGAUGUGUUUUAAGAAACGAGCAGUACGACAUGGACUGGGAAGCUGAUAAUGACCGUCCAAUUUCCCAAGAUGCUGAAUUGGUAAUGAACAUAUUGCAAACUUAUAUCACUGCGUUGUCGACUUCUAUUUCAGUAAGCGAUUUACAAUUAAAACGUCUUUUAAAAUGGAGGCAGUUAAUAUAUCAAAUUAUUGAACAAUCCAUUCUUAUCUUCGUACGCAGAAUUUUGGUGCUACUAUUUGCAGAAUAUCCGGUCGGGAUGUUUGAGCCCCCAUUAGAAGAGUCCGAAAUAAACCCUACUCUAUCAUAUAUCGGCGCUCCUGCAUUAAGCCAUAUAUUAAUGGAUUUUUACAACAACGAUCUACCCUUUUUAAAAACCAGUAUGCGCGAUUUGACUGUUGGUAGUAAUGCUCAAUCAUUUGCCCGAAAAGUGUAUUCAUUAAGGAUAGAGUCACCAUUUGGUUCCGCAUUGGUACCUUUACCAACCAAUCUGUCAGAUUUAUUGGCGAAUGAAGACGAACAGCUUCAAUAUCGAGUAAACAAGCACGAAGUUGCAUUAUGUUUAUUUUGCGGCAGUAAGAUAUUUAUUCAGAAUGCCUCUCCGUUGCAUAAUUUCAAAAUUGGAGAAUGUACAAACCAUUAUUUUAAUGAAUGUACACAGAUGACGGUAUACGGAUGCUUCUUACUUGUAAGAAGCAAUACAAUAUAUUUAGCAUACGGCGCUCGUGGUACAUUUUUCAAGCCUCCAUAUGUGAAUAAGCACGGUGAAGUUGAUGAGGAUUACAAAUAUGGUACACCUGUCUUUCUUGAUGAAAGGCUAUACUCCCACUUGAGCAAUGACAUUGUACUUGGCGGAAAAAUACCGCACUUAGUGCACAGACUGACCGAAAAUAUGGCAGACGUCGGCGGCUGGGAAAGUAUGUAG